CCCCGCUGAGCUGUUUGGGAACAGGCUGUAGAGGCGGGGACUAGAGAGUUGUAGUAGGAAGGGAGCUGCGAAGGAACCCCAAGGGAAUGUGAAAGUCAAGGCCUGAAAUUCCCCACAAUAAGACUUCUCAUACGGCCUGGUUUCUCAUGGAAGCAGAUGGAUUUGUAAGGAAACGUCGGAUGACAGCGGAGAACGCGGGCAGCGAUGCCGGGGUUGCAGGAGCCUCUGCAGGGGCAGAAGUUCGAUGGUUCGGGGGCAGAUUUUGGGGAGUUUCUGAAAGUAUUGUGAACAGCUUAACGCCCCGCAUCGGAGGGGAAUCGCAGCUACAAAGCGUGGAUGCAGUCUGUGCAGCUCAAGACACUCUAACGGAGGACUCUGAACCUGACUAUGAAGGUCUGCCACAGGGAGCUUCUACUAGCACCCACAUGUUGGCUGGAGCCGUUGCUGGUAUCAUGGAGCACUGCGUUAUGUUUCCCGUCGACUGUGUGAAGACAAGAAUGCAGAGUCUCCAGCCUGACCCCGCUGCCCGCUACAAGAAUGUGAUGGACGCGCUUCGCCGGAUUGUAGCCGCUGAGGGUGUCUGGCGACCGCUAAGAGGCCUGAAUGCUACAGCUGUCGGCGCAGGACCCGCACACGCUCUGUAUUUUGCGACCUAUGAGAAACUGAAAAGGACUCUAAGUGAUACCAUUCAUCCAGGCGCUAACAGUCAUUUGGCUAAUGGAGCAGCUGGUUGUGUCGCCACUUUGCUUCACGAUGCAGCCAUGAACCCAGCUGAGGUGGUGAAGCAGCGCAUGCAGAUGUAUAAGUCCCCCUACAGGGGCGUGUUGGACUGUGUUCGCACUGUGUGGCAAAGAGAGGGUCCUGCUGCCUUUUACCGCAGCUACUCCACACAGCUCACCAUGAACGUGCCCUUCCAGGCGCUCCACUUCAUGACCUACGAGCACCUCCAGGAGCAGCUCAACCCCCACAGACUGUACAAUCCGUCAUCCCACAUGCUGUCAGGAGCCUUGGCCGGAGCGAUCGCAGCGGCAGCAACAACGCCACUGGACGUCUGCAAGACCCUCCUCAACACCCAGGAGUUCCACACUCUCCGCUCCUCCGGCCAAAGCCAAGGAGCCCACAUACGCAUCUCAGGCUUGGUCCAUGCCUUCAGGACAGUGUACAGGCUGGGCGGCCUGCAGGGCUUCUUUAGAGGAGUCCAAGCUAGGGUCAUCUAUCAGAUGCCCUCCACAGCCAUUAGCUGGUCGGUGUAUGAGUUCUUUAAAUAUGGACUUACCAAGCACCAGCACAACAAUAUGAAAGUUCAGCAUAUGAAGGCUGAGGUGUAGGUUUCAUGUCAGUUUCAUCACCUCUUAAACAUCUGGCAAGGCUGUGGCCACAUACGCACAUUAAACUAGACUAAACAUGCCUCAGUUGUCCGAACCUUCUCAGACAGGGCAGUUAAGAAAGACACUUGUAGUUUUAAACCCUCUAAACAUUUCAGCAUAGGAAACAACAUUUUCAUGGUAGUAUAUAGCUUCAUCAUUUAAAAGUAACUGCAUUAGAGCAGAAAACACAUGCAUAACCAGCAGGUGGCAGUCACGUCUGGGCUUUGGUGUCAUGAACCUUAAUCUUUCUGCUUCAAUUUCAUUAAAUAAACUAGAUCAAGCUGCAAAAAAAAAAAAAAACCUCAGUUGAAUCUACAAUACAAAUUAUUCAGUUUUUUGGGACAAGCAUCCUAAACCUGAGAAAAAAUCCCUCAAAUUGUUAUAUAAGACUAAGUUAAAAUCAGUUCUUAAUCACUUACCUCAAUCAAUUACUUUCUUGGAGACUAUUAUAGAAUAACCUACAAAUUUAUUGAUCAGUGAAGGAGAUUCCCAGAGCUAUUUUGAACAACAGGAAUCCACUGUUUGAUAUUUCAAGCUACAAAUUAAUCUUUAUUUCACCUAUUUCUUAUGUCAUAGUAAAAAAAAAAAAAACAACUAUGAACAACCUGUUGGAGAAAUACCCUUUAAAGUUCAACCUUAUGUUUGUUUAUUAUGGGUAAUCAUUUGAUUCAAAGCUUAGAUUGAAUGUAUUUUUCCUUUUCCUUACUGCUGUAAUACGUACUGAUUGAUUUACUUUUCUUUCAGUCUGUAAACUACUGAGGUUAAAUGUUUGUUCUCAGCAGCUGUGAGAAAGUUGUGUAUUUACUGCAACCACAAGAUGACCCGAUCACAUAACAUUUCACUUUCAUAACUUGAAGCUGUUAUUCUUACUGGCUGAUGUCUGACUUUUUUUUGACACUGAAUUGCACAGGCUGAAUAAAACCUCAGCAGUGGAGCUCUGCUCAAAGAUCAAC